AAAGCCGGAAGAGGGCUGAAAAAAGGACGAGCUGAAGCAAUCCGGCAAACUCGGUGUGAAGUCAGAUUUAAGGGGAGGGGAGAGGACAUUCCACCGCGGCUAACUUUAAAAUCGUUCAUUCGAGGAGAAAGAUUUGAAAGAAAGACAGCGUGGAGAACUACAAGCGGAAGCCAGAUCAUUUGGAUAAACUGCCACGUACUUCAAGUGGAGGAAAAAAGUAACUUUUUGGGCUUCCUGCAAAAAAAAACCUCGGACUACAAAACGUCGUGUUUCAUCUCCGAGCUCUGACAGUGUCAGGCUGAGUGGUCGCAUCCCUCCAUCACUGCUGUGCUGCUGGAGUUUGAUUCGUUGGCGGGGCGUUGGUUUGUUCCCCCUCUCACACUCACAGCUCUGCACUACGAAGCUUCAUAAGCAGGACCAGACCAGAGCUCUCCAGCACACUACUCGUUUAGCAAAGAACUUAUUUAAAAUGGCCGGAACCAACAGCAUCGACGCGGUGAAGAGAAAGAUUAAAGUUUUGCAGCAACAGGCGGAUGAAGCGGAGGAAAGGGCCGAGAAUUUACAGCGUCAGGUCGAGGAAGAGAAGCGCGCCCGUGAGCAGGCUGAGGCAGAGGUGGCUUCUCUGAACAGGCGUAUCCAGCUGGUUGAGGAGGAGCUGGACAGAGCUCAGGAGAGACUGGCCACUGCUUUACAGAAGCUGGAAGAGGCAGAGAAAGCAGCUGACGAGAGUGAGAGAGGGAUGAAGGUCAUUGAAAACAGAGCCCUGAAGGAUGAGGAGAAGAUGGAGUUGCAGGAGAUCCAGCUGAAGGAGGCCAAACACAUUGCAGAGGAGGCCGACCGCAAGUACGAGGAGGUGGCUCGUAAGCUGGUGAUUGUGGAAGGAGAGUUGGAGCGCACUGAGGAGAGGGCUGAACUUGCUGAGGCCGAAAAGAAGAAGUUGGAGGAUGAGCUAAGGGUUCUGGACCAAGCAACGAGGAGUCUGCAGGCUUCUGAGGACAAGUACUCCCAGAAGGAAGACAAGUAUGAAGAGGAGAUCAAGAUCCUGACUGAUAAGCUGAAAGAGGCUGAGACCCGUGCUGAGUUUGCUGAGAGGUCUGUGGCCAAGCUGGAAAAGACCAUCGAUGAUCUUGAAGGAAAGCUAACGGACGCCAAGGAAGAGAACCUGAAGAUCCACGCUACUCUGGACCAGACCUUGAGCGAACUGAACAGCUUCUAGAUGUCCUUGACCAAGACAUUCCCCUAUAUUCAUUUUUGACCCACCCAUCUCAUUUUUCUCAUCCAGUCCUAACUUAAAUAACUCAAAGCUUUUGCCUUCUGAUUUUUCCAAUCGCUCUGUGUCAUUAUCAGAGACUAAGUUCUCUGAACCCAACUCCUCUUGGAGCAAGCUUUCAGCAAUUUGCCCCAAUUUCCCCUAUUGAGUAUAUUGUAUAAAGCUUUGAGUGACAUUUCAGCAGCCUAGUAUGGUGUGUGUAUGAAGUGUAUUUUUGCAAACUUAGAAAGCUUGUUUCUGAGCUAUUACAGUGCCAAAAUUAAUGUGUUGCUUUGAUUGACAAAGCUUUGGUACAGUUUCGACCAUCAUAAGUGUGUCUAGACAUUAUCCCUACUCCAUAAAGCUUUCCUAAGCACAA